AUGGGUUCCGUUUUCCUUCCACAUCUACGUACUGGGUGGCACGUUGACCAGGCCAUCGUGUCUGAAGAGGAGAGGCUUGUGGUCAUACGGUUUGGACAUGAUUGGGAUGCGAAGUGUAUGAGAAUGGACGAGGUGCUAUUUCGUAUUGCUGAGAAGGUUUCGAGUUUUGCUGCUGUUUAUGUGUGUGAUAUCACACAAGUGCCAGACUUCAACGAGAUGUACGAGCUAUAUGACGAUAUGACUGUUAUGUUCUUCUAUCGAAAUAAGCACAUGAUGUGUGACUUUGGUACUGGUGAUAACAACAAGCUGACGUUCCUCGUGGAGGAUGAACAGGAGAUGAUUGAUAUCCUCGAAACGGUGUAUAGAGGUGCAACGAAGGGAAGGGGUUUGGUUGUGUCGCCAGUUCAAAGGCAUAGAAAUGCUGUAUGA